AUGAAGUUCACUUUGCUACUGCUCAUCGCCAGCGCUGCCUGCAUCCUGGCCGCACCUGCUCCCGCCGCCGAGGAGCAGCAACAGCAGCAGGAGUCUUCCGUGAAGGCCAAGCGAGGACUCUCCCUGGGCCUGGGCUACCACGCCCCUCUGCUGACACAUUCGCAUUACGUGUCUGCCCCAACGGUUGUGCACCAUGCACCCAUAAUCUCGCAUGCGCCGCUCAUCUCGCAUGCACCGCUCAUUGCCCACGCCCCCCUAAUUGCCCACCAUCCGGUGUCCUCGGUGUCCUAUCACCUGCCCACCUACCACUCCAUCCACCACUUCUAA